AUGGGGACCUACAAGAAAACAGAUAUUCUCGUCUUGUUUCAGCUGUAUCUUCUCGGUCUUGCAGCUUUGGGUUCUAAUACCAUCGUUCUUCCUAACCCAAACCUCACUUCUGUGUCGAAUUGGACACUUCCGCAGCCUCUAGACGUGUUGCCGUCAGACCCAUUCUCAUACAGAGUACCCCAGUCGUCGCAAGUCAUCACCUUCUCCCGGUAUUCGAGGACCCUCAAGCGCGAGGAUGUACUAGCAUGCUUGUUAGAAGCAGCGUUGGAAGUCAUCAAGGAAAUCAAUCUCGGCCACGACGGACCUAUGGAUACGGAGGAGAUCCAGGCCAGCUCUGGCCACUCAUUAUUGAUCCUUCACCCCGAUCCGAGAUUGACAUGGAGCAUGUGGGGGACAACGAUAACUGGCAUCAGCAACUUCUUGAACGAUUUUGAGUUUGUGGAUUGCGACUUCGAAGUUGAAAUACUGGGGUACUCAGCUAAUUUUGGGAGUGGCCUUUUGGUCUAUUUUUGA